CUGGCAGACCCGAACGUGAAUGAAACUAAUUGAAAAGCAGCAAAGCAAACAAGCUAUCGGAAUAUAUCUACUGAUCGUACGAAACGCAAAUUGUCGUCGCGCAGAGAAAAUUGUGAAAUUGUGCGCAUUUAAAUUGUAAACUGAAACUAAAAAAAAAUCCGUGAACGCCACUUUAAAACGGAGAACUGUGUGUGGAAUUGUAUUGAGUUACAACAACAAACCAUGUUAGCCUGUUGGAAAUGUAUUUUUCUAAUAUUAUGUACAAUAUUCAUACAAACAAUGGUGGUUUUGAGUACAAAUGCACCGUUGCCGGCUCGAAAAGCCCAUAUAGCCGGCAUAAGUCCAAGGGCAACAUUAGGACUUUUUGAUAAUCCAUGUGGUAAAAAGGACAAUAGCAAGGCAUGGACCCAAAAACUAUUGGCGAAACGCGAGGCGGUGCCACAUUCGGCGCCCUAUAUCGUAUCAAUACAACGUAUGACACCAGAUGACGGCCUCGUACAUUAUUGCGCAGGCACCAUAAUUCACGAGAAUUGGAUACUAACAGCAGCACACUGCCUCACCUCAGAUGAAACAGUGGAGAACUCCAUCAUUGUUGCCGGCUGUCAUGAUCUACGCGGCACCGAAGAAGGCGAUUGUGUGCAGGUGCGUACAAUUGAUCAUUUUGUGCGACACGAGCUCUAUCUUGGAGGCAUUAAUCCAUAUGACAUUGCGCUCAUCUAUACCAAACGACCGUUACAAUUUACAGAGCAUGUGCAACCGGCACAUUUGCCAGAACAGGAUGUGCUGCCAGAGGGUAGUGGUACACUUUAUGGUUGGGGUAAUAUUUCCAUGACACUGGUGCCCAAUUAUCCACAUCGCUUGCAGGAAGCUGAUAUGCCCAUAUUGGAUAUGGAACUAUGCGAACGGAUAUUAGCUGCCUCUGGUUUGCAACUGCACGAGACUAAUUUGUGCACAGGUCCACUAAAUGGAGGAGUCAGUAUCUGUACAGCUGAUUCAGGUGGCCCUCUGAUGCAGCCUUGUUGUGAUGGUUUCGAGGAAGGUUAUACAGUUAUUGGCAUAGUAUCGUGGGGUAAAAUGCCUUGUGGCCAGAAAAAUUCUCCAUCUGUAUUUGUGCGUGUUUCAGCGUUUACCCAUUGGAUUACUGAUAUUAUCACGACGGUAACACAGUUCGAAUAAACAUAAGCGAAUAAUUAAGGAGAGAGAAUUUGGAGAAUGCUGUGUGUGAACUGAAUGCCGAUAACUGAACGGCCUGAAAACCGAAGACGCUGAGCGUCGAAUUGGUGGAAAACAAAAUCUCAUGAAUUUAGAAUAGGAACUGUAGUAUUUAAGAAGGUAGUGAAAUGUAUCUAUAAUAUAGAACAACUAUUAUAAUUAUAAAUUUGUAAAAUAUAUUUAACUAUUUUGAUAAGGAAAAAAGGAAGAAAAAAGGAAAACAUAUAAACAUACUCGAAAAAG